AGUAUGGGCAGUUGAGUCCAGCGAUGGCCGGGACCUACCUGUCAUGGUUGGUCUAUUUGAUAGGGGAGUUCCAGGGAGGGCUGAAGGGGUUGAAAGGGGAGUUUCAGGGGAUUAGUUGCACAGAAGCAGAGUGUAAAAAUGUAGGUGCGGCAGGAGCUGUUCCUGGAUGUGGUGGUGGACAGUGCCAAGCAGGAACCCAUGGUAAACCCUGCGAUGGUGGUGACGGAGUAUGUAAAUGCACCUCUGUGGUAUCAUGUACCGGGGUACUGCCGGUGUUGUACAAGUAUGGGUUCGGGUAUGGUGAUGUCAAAUGCAUAUGUGGCCUGGCGGCGGCAGUGACUGACCUACUGCAGUCAGUAGAACUCGAGUACAAUGGCUAUCAAGGCGAAGCCAAGGACAAAGGCGCCUCUCAAGAGGAGGUCACUAAUCGCCUCAAUGGACUAUUCUCCCUAGUCCAGGGACUAGGUGGUACUGCAGUGGUACGGACCUAUAUAGACCAGCUGGCACAGGUACUCAGUGCACUCGUUGGGUGGAGUAGGAUAGUGCAGUGUGAGAAGGGCAGUGGCUGCGGUGGCAAUCCACAUGGCAAAGGGAAGUGCGAGUAUCUGAAGGAUUUGACGCCUAACGAUAUGUCAUGUGGAAAGUGUGGGUGUCUUAAGGUAGGCCCUGACAAUCAUCACCUGGGCAGGGGGUGUACAAAGUGUGAUGGAGACAAGUGUGGCAAUACUGGUAGUGGUGGUGGAUGUCAGUGUAAGUGCAAAGAUGGUACCUGUACCAGGGCUGGUGAUGCUGUAGACAACUGCAAAUGUGACCGAAGAUGUUGCUGUACCAUUGAUACAUAUAGAUCGGCAUACAGAGGAAGAUACAGCUCUGAGUCAUACGUAGAAGGAACAAUCACUGCAUACCGAGAAUGUAUGUGGAAUUCAUCGACAAAUACUCCCACUCGUCACCAAUGUGCCCGUAUCCUACUAGGGUCAGUAUGUCUCAUUUGGAGUGGACUUACUUAUAUGUAUUGGACUGGUAAGUGGGCCAAGGGUAGCCCCCGGUGGAACAAUCACAUCCUGGACGGUAGUGGUCUAGAUGAUGGCACACUAUCCCAAUGGCUUCAGGCCCUAGGGUUUCCUAAAGGGAUGUUGAACAAUAGUGGGCCAAAGAAUAGACUAGAUAAGGUCAUAUGGGAUGGGCUUAGGGAUAUGCUUUUCUUGGGAUUCCUGGAGCCUAGUGGUCUCAGUGGUGAUGAUGUCAAGGACGAAAAUGGCAAUACAGCGAGAAGUCCUUUCGGUAUGAAUUACGCUGGAUUUGUACAUACUGCACAUAGGGAUUCAUUCAACACUGAUCAAGCUACUGUCUUCCCUAAUGGUACUAGCUCUAGUACUACUGACACUAACCUCCACAAAUGUGGUGCCUUGUACAAGCUCUAUAUUCUAUCAUGUGCCUAUUUUACCGGGUUACAGAACAAGGCUGCGCCGAAGGCGGACAAUAGAACCCCUAGGACAAUCCGUGAGAUCCUCUACUGGCUUAGUGCAUUGCCCUAUAGUCAGGCAUAUCCAAAGAUACUGAAGCAUGGUAAGGAUAGACUCACAGAAGUACUCAAGAAACCCGGAGAAACUGAAUCUGGUACUGACAAUGACCAGAAACAACUCGCCUUUCACCAAACAGGCCGCACAGCACCCAUUACCGUUGAUGAAUUCAACCUGUUUGCUCACUUCCAAGCAGUGACCCAGUACUGCCCACUGGUCCUCAUAGGUAUCCAUGGUGGACUAGGAAAAGGCACUAACAACACCAAAGAACCUGCCAUUCACUCCCUGUAUGCCAACUCUCACUUCUCCUUCACCUACCCAGAAGUUAAGAUUCAAGCAUACAACCAGGUGGUACACUACAUUAGGGCUCUAUUCUAUCAACUCUAUUUCCUUAGGAAGCAAUGUGCAGUUAAAGUGGCUCUAGGAGGGAAGUGGCGUGAAUGUAGGUAUGGUCAUGGAGUGGUGUCCAAGGGGGUAAUUAGCUGGAUGUGCCUGGGGUGUGACCCCAUGGAACAUGAUAGGAAUUAUAGGGUGGAGAAUAUGAAGAAGGGAUUGGAUGGGGUAGUAAAUAAGCUAAAGGCAUUGGAAGGGAAGGAUAAGGGGGCUGUAGAUGGGGUGAUGGAGUUGAGAAAGGGACUUGAGGCGGCAAAGUCACUAUUGGAUGCAAUAGGUCAGGUAGUGGUACAAUUGGGUAAUGCCCAGGAGAGGUUGGAUACGGGAAAGUCAGAUCUAGACGGAGUGAUGAAGGCACUAAAGAAAGUAUUUUCAGAGGUGAAUAAUGGAAGUGAUCUAAAGGAUGUACUACAGAAGGUACUAGGGGAAAAGUUGUGUGAGAAGGUGGGGGCACUAGAGAAGGCGGGUGGACUAAAGGAUGCUAAGGCUAAGGCUACAGAGGCACUAAAGGCGGCUAAGGAGGCAGUAGAAAAGCAGAACGGUACUGAUGUUGAUCCAUGUAAGAACCUAGUGAGUGCUGCUAUCCAUGGGUUACACAAGGCAUUGGUGCUAUUGAAGGAGGGAGUGAAGAAGCAGAUAGAGGACAGGACAGAUCAACUACUGAAAGCAAAAAAGAAUCUAUCGCAUGUAUUUGCAGUAGGUGUAUCGGUUGAUGAAGAGUACACCACACUGCUCAAUGCCAUUAACCAGCUUAUCUCCCUAUGCACCUCUCCCAAGUGCCCAGGAUGUAAAGACCACGCCAAGAAGUGUGGUCAACCAUCAAAUCCCACUGUCUGUCAGACCUGCCUCCAACCCACUACCACUGGUGUCCCCUCCCCCCUCCAGGCAUUCCUGGAAGACAGGUUGCCAGGGUUUAGUUGUGAUGUAGUACGAGACAUAGAGGACCCGGACAAGUACCCACCUGCUGCAUCCCACUUAGGACACUGUAAUGGCUCAGGUCAGUGCUGUCCACUGCCAAUGGGAUUUAGAAAUCAAUUCUAUAGUGGCAGCAUCGGUGAUAUGACUGGCUCAAGACUCUAUGGCAUCCUAUACUUCUUCAGUAACGAGAACAUGAUGCAAUCAUGUGUCUAUAGGCUAGUCAGGGUAACUUCCGCACUCAGUGCCACUACACCACAGGUAUUGGGUGAUGUAUUCGGGUUCUUUAGGGGAGGUGUAGGAAAUAAAGAGGAGGGAAAGAACCAGAGUGGACAGCAGAAGAACUGUGAUCACACAGGGGAUCCAAGUGGAUCUUAUGAUGAGAACAAGGACAAAUACUUUUGCGGUUGGUGUGCCUCUGGGUUACGGGAAGAGGUAAAGAAGAUAGAGUGGAUACCCAAUGGGAACAGUACUCCAGGAGGGCACUACAUGGACAAAGUCGGUAAAGCGCUAAUAGGUAUUAAGGGAGAGAAAAACGAUGGUAGUGGUGCUCUAAAGUCCAGUGCUGCUACUGCCAAUACCUCCCUCUCAAGACUCACUGAGAACUGCCAGUACCUCUCCCCCCUAACAGGUGAACUCUAUACCGCAGUGAGUGCCACUUUCGGUGGAACAUACCUCUCAUGGGUACUGUACCUAUCAGAUGCACUUCAUUCAGGACUAGAGUCACUUGCUAGUGAGUUCAAGCAAAUUGAAUGCCGUGGCUGUAAGGGACAGUGUGACCCCAAUAAGUGCAAGAAGGGAAGUCAUGGUACCAAUGGUGGUGGACAGUGUGGAUGCCAAUCAAUCGUAUCAUGUACUGGGGUGCUACCAGUACUGUAUAGACAUGGAUUCAGCUAUGGUAAUCCAUUCAAUCUGGAGGGGUACCACCAGAGGGAUGGAAAGACGGAUGGACAGUAUGACAUUGAAGAUAAGAAGAAAGAGCGUACUAAGCAGUGCCAUCAAUUCUUGGACAGUCUCAGUGCAGUGAUUGACAAGAACAAGCAGGACACAUCUAAGGUCGCCUCUCAGAAUCAUCCCCUGACAGAGCUACUAAAGCAGGUCGGCAAGCUCCAACACGACAUACGGCUCCCCUGGAUCUUUGUACUGACCAUAGCCUGGCUAGUAGCGGUACUCUACCUAGCAUUUGGUGCCAUAUGGCCACUGGACUGGACACAUAUGAGGUCACAUUGGUUACGGGGUGGAGCACACCAGUGGCAGUCUAUGUGGUAUAAGGUGAUGACGGGACGGAAGGGAAGAGUAGUGCUGGAGGGGGUGGAAAAUUUUGGUCAAUGUUUAGUAGUGCUUUUAGUAAUGUUUUAGUAUCAUGGUUAGUAAAUGUUUAGCAAGGUAGUGGUAGAAUUUUUGG